UUAAAAAACAGUUUUGUAAAAAAAAAAGAUGAGGAAACUCAGUUUGACCUUGAAUUUGAGCUCUGGGUACCUCAUUUUGAAGCCCAUACUCUUGUUAAGCUAUACUGUCUCAUGAAACAGAGGGUUUUUAUGACUUUCACUAUAAAAAUGAAACCUUCUCUCUCGCUUUGCCCACCGGUACUAACGAAAGGGGAAUAAAUUUCUAUGUUUCUCUCGAUGCGCACUACAUCACACCGUAUCCGCCUUCACUGAAAAAUUGUGCAGAAUGUCAGGACCACCAGCUAAGAAACGAUGUCGUUCAGCUGAAGAGGAUGUUAGAGAAUUUCAAAAAUACUGGACAGAAAAGUUUGGUGUGAUUAAGAAAGACAACAAAGCCUUAUGUGUUUUCUGUUCUGAAACUAUUGUUUGCAGAACAUCUUCUGUAAAAAGGCAUUUUGAAAGUGUUCAUAAGAACAUAAGCAAUAAAACCGAAGAGCAACAAAGAGAAUUUCUCAUGAACUCAGCAAAACAAAAAAAACAGGCUGAUAAUUUUAUGAACUUCAUCUCAGGCAGGUCCAGUUUCAACUUAGUUGCUGCUAGUUUUGAAGUUUCAAAAGUCAUUGCCCAACUUGGAAAACCACUCAGUGAUGGAGAGUAUAUUAAAGAAUCUUGGCUAGAAUGUGCACCUUUCCUUUUUGACGAUUUCUCAGAAAAAGAAAAGAUUAUUCAGUGCAUUAAAGAUUUGUCCAUGAGCAGGAAAACAGUUAAGGAUAGGAUACUUAAGUUGGCGAGUAAUACUGCUGAACAAUUAACAAAGGAUUUGUCUUCAUGUCAAUUUUUUUCUGUUUGUAUUGAUGAAAGUACAGACAUUACAUCGUCAUCUAGGCUGGCCAUUUUUUCUCGACUUUGUAAAGGUGAUGAAAUAGGUGAAGAGAUGGUUGCCCUUCUAACUCUACCUGAGCAUACUACCGGGGCUGAAAUAUGUAAAGCAGUUAUGAACGAAUUCUCUUCUCGACAAACUGACAUUUCAAAAGUAGUGUCCGUCACCACUGAUGGUGCUCCUUGCAUGACUGGUGAGAAGGCAGGUUUUGUAAAUCUGUUUGCGAAAGAAGUUGGUCAUACACUGAUAGGUUUUCAUUGCAUCAUACAUGAGGAGGCUUUAUGUGCAAGAGCUGGCCUGAAGGAACUGCAGGAAGUGAUGCAAACAGUUACCAAAGUUGUUAAUUACAUUUCUGCUCGGGCUUUAAAUAAAAGACAAUUUCAAGUUUUUGAAUGAGGUAGAAUCUGUGUAUAAAGGACUGAAAAUAUACAACAAUGUUCGACGGCUUAGCCAAGGUUUGGUUCUGAAACGAUUAGUUGAAUGCUUAAACGAGAUAACGCUCUUCUUGAAUAACCAACAUGUUUCUUACCAAGAAUUGUCUGACACCACGUGGGUUUCUAAACUGAUGUUCUUUGCAGAUUUUUGUGAACAUUUGAAUGACUUAAAUGUUAAAUUACAAGGAACUGGCAAGACACUUGAUGUUAUGUUUGGUUACAUAAAGGCUUUUGAAAAGAAACUGGAAGUCUUUAAGAGGGAUGUGGAUGG